UUAUUUAUCGCUUGCUGUUAUAUGUAUAUAUUUUUGUGUAUUGGACACUUGGUCGUUGCUUGGCUGCUGUCGCAAUUGUCAUGAUGUGUAGCUACUAAAGCCAGCCAGCCUGCUGUCCUCUCUCACUCUGGCACUCGUCGGCUGUUACAGCUGCGGAACCUGGCAAUAAUAUAGAAAAGAAUUUUUCCAUCGCCUAUAGAGAAAAAUAUUAUGGAUGCAGUGUUGGCAAUAUUGUUCUUCCCAAGGAAAACCAAAUAGAGAGAGAGAGGAAACAAAAGCAACAAUAAUACAAUUUGCAUGCACAUUCAAGUGCAUUUUGAACGGACAAAUUUCGUGUGUGCAACAAAAAUGCAAAGUCAGCAAUCGCCAAAUCCAAAUUCGCAGCAAUUGCAGCCAGCCCAACAAACACAGCAACAACAGUCGUCAGCGGCGGCGGCGGCGGUACUGAUGCAGCAGCAGACACAAUUGCUACAAAAUCAAGGCAAUACAGUGGGCAAGAUCAAUGACACUCCGCCGAAUUUGUCAACUGUGGGCCUUUUGGAAUUAGCACAUCGCGAAUACCAGGCGGUCGACUAUGAAAAUGCCGAAAAACAUUGCAUGCAACUAUGGCGACAAGAUAGCACCAACACUGGUGUGCUAUUACUAUUAUCUUCCAUACAUUUUCAAUGUCGCCGCUUGGAAAAAUCAGCACAAUUUUCAACGCUGGCCAUAAAGCAGAAUCCUUUAUUGGCUGAAGCUUAUAGUAACUUGGGAAAUGUGUUCAAAGAACGUGGACAAUUGCAGGAAGCUUUAGAAAAUUAUCGACGUGCUGUACGCUUAAAGCCCGACUUUAUUGAUGGCUAUAUUAAUUUGGCAGCCGCUUUGGUGGCAGCACGUGAAAUGGAAGCAGCCGUGCAAGCCUAUAUAACCGCAUUACAGUACAAUCCAGAUUUGUACUGUGUUCGUAGUGACUUGGGCAAUCUCUUAAAGGCAUUGGGUCGGCUCGAGGAGGCCAAGGCCUGCUAUUUAAAAGCAAUUGAAACAUGUCCGAGCUUUGCUGUCGCCUGGAGUAACUUGGGCUGUGUCUUCAAUGCCCAGGGUGAAAUUUGGCUAGCCAUACAUCAUUUUGAAAAGGCCGUAACAUUAGAUCCAAAUUUCCUGGAUGCCUACAUUAAUUUGGGCAAUGUUUUGAAAGAAGCCAGAAUUUUUGACAGAGCUGUGGCCGCCUAUCUACGAGCAUUGAAUCUUUCACCAAACAACGCUGUUGUACAUGGAAAUUUGGCAUGUGUCUAUUAUGAACAAGGUCUCAUUGAUUUGGCCAUAGACACCUAUCGGAGGGCCAUUGAAUUGCAACCAAAUUUCCCCGAUGCUUAUUGUAAUUUAGCAAAUGCUCUCAAGGAAAAGGGACAGGUCAAAGAAGCCGAAGAAUGCUACAACACCGCUCUACGAUUAUGCCCCAAUCAUGCUGACUCGCUUAACAAUUUAGCCAAUAUUAAACGCGAACAAGGAUUUAUUGAAGAGGCCACACGUUUGUAUUUGAAAGCUUUGGAAGUAUUUCCCGAUUUUGCAGCAGCUCAUUCGAAUUUAGCCUCAGUUUUGCAACAGCAAGGCAAAUUGAAAGAGGCUCUAAUGCACUACAAGGAAGCAAUACGGAUUAAUCCAACAUUUGCUGAUGCCUACUCCAAUAUGGGUAACACACUGAAGGAGUUACAGGAUGUGACCGGGGCAUUGCAAUGCUAUUCACGGGCCAUUCAAAUCAAUCCAGCCUUUGCUGAUGCUCACAGCAAUUUGGCCAGUAUUCACAAGGAUUCUGGCAAUAUACCCGAAGCUAUACAAUCGUAUCGCACAGCCUUGAAGCUAAAACCAGAUUUUCCCGAUGCCUAUUGCAAUUUGGCUCACUGUUUACAGAUCGUAUGCGAUUGGACGGACUAUGAGGCCCGUAUGAAGAAACUGGUUAGCAUUGUAGCGGAACAAUUGGAAAAGAAUCGUUUGCCUUCGGUGCAUCCACAUCAUUCGAUGUUGUAUCCACUGUCGCAUGAUUUCCGUAAGGCAAUUGCAGCUCGUCAUGCCAAUUUGUGCAUUGAAAAGAUCCUGGUGCUGCACAAGCCACCGUACAAGUUUACGCGGGAGGUGCCCAAUGGGGAGCGCAUACGCAUUGGCUAUGUGAGCUCUGAUUUCGGCAAUCAUCCCACCUCCCAUCUAAUGCAAUCGAUACCGGGUCUGCAUGAUCGGGCGCAAGUGGAAAUCUUCUGCUAUUCGCUGAGUCCCGAUGAUGGCACAACGUUCCGCUACAAGAUCUCACAAGAGGCCGAACACUUUGUUGACCUAUCCACAAUUCCAUGCAAUGGCAAAGCGGCUGAUCGCAUCUAUAAUGAUGGCAUCCAUAUAUUGGUCAAUAUGAACGGCUACACGAAGGGAGCUAGAAAUGAAAUUUUCGCUCUGCGGCCGGCUCCCAUACAGGUCAUGUGGCUGGGUUAUCCCGGCACCAGUGGAGCCUCAUUUAUGGAUUAUAUUAUUACAGAUUCGGUAACAAGUCCCAUGGAAUUGGCCCAUCAGUACAGUGAGAAAUUGGCCUACAUGCCUUACACCUACUUCAUUGGGGAUCACAAGCAAAUGUUCCCACAUCUUAAGGAACGUCUGAUUGUGGCCGACAAACAACAGUCCGUUGUGGCCGACAAUGUGGCCGUUAUCAAUGCCACAGAUCUUUCACCGCUGGUGGAGAACACUGGCGUUAAGGAGAUCCGUGAAGUGAUCAAUUCUGGCAAACCCAUGGAAAUAACACACAAAGUGGCAGAAUUACCCAACACCACACAAAUUGUGUCCAUGAUUGCAUCGGGUCAGAUACAGACGUCGCUUAAUGGUGUGGUCCUACAGAAUGGCUUGGCAACGACCCAAACCAACAAUAAGGCAGCCACUGGCGAGGAGGUGCCCCAGAGCAUUGUCAUAACGACGAGAAGGCAAUACAAUUUACCCGAUGACGCCAUUGUCUAUUGUAAUUUCAAUCAGCUGUAUAAAAUCGAUCCUCUGACCCUACAGACAUGGAUGAACAUCUUGAAGGCAGUGCCGAAUUCAGUGCUGUGGCUAUUGCGUUUCCCCGCCGUGGGUGAGCAGAAUAUCAAGAAGACAGUGGAGGAGAUGGGAGUCUCCCCCGAUCGUGUUAUAUUUUCGAAUGUUGCAUGCAAGGAGGAACAUGUUCGCCGUGGUCAAUUGGCUGAUGUCUGCCUGGAUACACCAUUGUGUAAUGGACACACAACAUCUAUGGACGUUCUAUGGACUGGUACACCAGUUGUAACAUUGCCGGGUGAAACAUUGGCCUCAAGAGUGGCUGCCUCACAAUUGGCCACCUUGGGAUGUCCUGAAUUAAUUGCCAGUACCCGCCAAGAAUAUCAAGAAAUUUCCAUACGCCUGGGCACAGAUCGCGAAUAUUUGAAAUCGUUGCGAGCCAAAGUGUGGAAGGCACGCGACGAAAGUCCCCUGUUCGAUUGCAAACAGUACGCCCAGGGUUUGGAAAUGCUGUUCAUGCAAAUGUGGAAACGUUUCCUGAGGAGUGAGCCGCCAGAUCAUAUUUCUGCCAUAGAAAAUAAAUAAAUUCUUUAAUCUAGACGUACAUACAGCAAGGACCAUCAUCAUCAUUAACAGCUACAUCAUCGUCAUUGUCAUUAUAUUAUAGAUUGUUAGAAGAAAAUAUGAUCCACUAUCAUCCCCCUUUUCAUGGCAUUACCUGAAGCAUCCCAAACAACAGACAUCACUAUAUCUCCCCAUGCAAAGGAAAAAUGUAAAAGAAGCGAACAGAAAAACAAAGACAGACGGUCAUACAGAGAAAUUCAUUAAAUACCAAACCUUUCGAAUCCCCUAAAAACCCCUCCUCCUCCCUUCAAUCACUCCCAUGUAGAUUUGCAAAAUAAUAUUCAAAAUAACAGCAAAAGAAGAAAAACAAUAUGACUAGAAGAUUGAAUACUGAAUAGAGCGAGCAGCAAUGGAAUGAAGAAAUUAAUUUAUUUAAACAAACAAAAACAAAAUAUUAUAGUUUAAAAUGAUCUACAGAUUGUAAGUAAAUGAAAGAAAACUACUCUUCAUGAAUUAUGGCUAAAAGAAAUUUUCAUAGAUGAGAAAGCAGGAAAUGACGCGGUGCGAUUAUAGUUUUAAAAUGAGUGGUAGUUUUAGUUGAAAAGCAGACGGAAAUAAAGUAUGAAGAAGAUGAAAUUUUCAAAUAGAACAAAAAACAAAACAAAAAAAACCUACUGUUGACUAGGGUGAUUUUUGGCUAAUUUAUAAAUUUAGUCAAUCUCAUUGCUCUAUUGUAUUUAUAGAAAACGUGUUAUAAAUAUUUAAUUAUGAUAAUCUUAAAGAAAAAAAACAAUUAAAAAAAACAA